UUGAUUUGAGUUUUUACAACACUAAAGUUAUGUGAUUUUAAUUUACUCAUUAAUUGUUGGGUAGUAGUUAUAAUAAAAUUUAGAAAAAUUUCUGCAAAUGAUAUUCUCUUGCAACUAUACGUUGUGAUUUUCAUUGUCAUGACGGGAUUUUUUUAUAAACAAUAAUUCAUUUUUAACAAUUUCUUUGAAAAACUUAAUAAAGAAUAAUAAAAAAAUAGUGCUUAAUGAAAGACUGUAAAUCAUAUUCAGUAGCACCACCACUAGCAGAUAUUGCAUUACGGAAUCUUUGGAAUUUGGAUAUGGCACUAGAUAUAAAUACCCGUAAUGAAACAGUAGAACUUUUAAGUCGUGAAGCUGAUUGUCUGAAACACAAACUCGAAGAAGAAAGAAAAAAAUUAAAUGAUGUUUCUUUGGCAAAUGUUGCUGAGAGAUUGGAAGAAAUCUCAUUCUUAAAUAUUAAACCAAGAAGGUUAUUAAAAGGAAGUCAAGCUAAAAUGCUUUGUUGUGAUUGGUCCCCUGAUAAAAGACAUAUUGUCUCAUCUUCCCAGGAUGGUAAAUUACUUAUUUGGGAUGCAUUCACUUCUACAAAAGAACAAACUGUGGCAAUGCCAACAACCUGGGUGAUGGCAUGUGCCUAUUCACCUUCAGGCAACUUGGUUGCAUGCGGUGGCUUGGAUAACAAAGUUACUGUAUUUAACAUUUCUAAUCCUGAAGAAGAUCCAUCUGUUAAAAAGAAAACUGUUGGAACUCAUACCAAUUUUAUGUCUUGUUGUUUGUUUCCAAGCUCAGAUCAACAGAUAUUAACAGGAAGUGGAGAUGCCACAGCUGCUCUAUGGGAUGUAGAAUCUGGUCAAAUGUUGCAGUCAUUUCAUGGUCAUACUGGAGACAUAAUGUCUAUUGAUCUAUCUCCAUCAGAAACUGGCAACACAUUUGUAUCAGGUAGCUGUGAUAAAAUGUUACUUUUAUGGGAUAUGAGAACUGGUCAAAGUGUUCAAUCAUUUGAAGGUCAUUUAUCUGAUAUAAAUAGUGUAAAAUUUCAUCCAAGUGGAGACGCUGUGGCAUCUGGUUCUGAUGAUUCCACUUGUAGAUUAUAUGAUUUAAGAGCAGAUAAAGAAGUAGCUGUUUAUUCAAAAGAAAGUAUUUUAUUUGGAGUAAAUUCAAUUGAUUUUUCAGUUAGUGGUCGAAUACUAUUUGGAGGAUACACAGAUUACACAAUUAAUGCUUGGGACAGUUUAAAAUGUGAGAGAGUCAGUUUAUUGUAUGGUCAUGAAAAUAGAGUAACAAGUAUAAAACUUUCACCUGAUGGUACAGCUUUAGCCUCUGCUAGCUGGGAUGCAUCUUUGCGUAUAUGGGCCUAAUUUAAAAUGGAGAAAGAAGUAGAUAUCUAGUCAGUUAUGAAUCAAAAUAUUUAUUUAAUAAAUGUAAUUGGUGGUGACAAAUUUAUGCUAGUGAUGGAUUUUAUUUGCAUAAUAUAAUAUAAGCAUAAU